GUCUGUGCAUGGGACCCUACUAGCCGUUGCUUGGUGGCUGUCAGAGGGGUAACAUCGACCUUACUGACCCGAGCUGGCACAGUUAAGCGGUGUAGGCACUCAUGGGGAUCGUGGAAGUAAUACGGAGUCUGAUCGCUGACCUGUUGAUAAUUUCUUUAGUAACUGACUGCUACUACGUUGUGCCAGAACUAAGCAGCGCUCCUACGAAUGAACACCGAAAGUCUCAUCGGCUAGGAAGUAACUAUGCAUCUCCCAAUUUGCUAAAGACUGUCAGCGUCAAAUGCCGUGAGUCUGAGCUGGAGAUUGCGGUGAAAGCCGAUCUUUAUAACAUAGGUACUCCUAUCAAGGGGGCCGAUCUAAGAUUAGGAGCGGAUCCUGGCGUUAAGGAAUCGUGCAAGGCUAAGGCUUCUGGACCAUCCGCGUAUACCAUAAUCGCUGACCUAAAGGACUGCGGCACCCACAGAUUGGUCAUAGAGGAUUCAUUGAUUUAUGCAAACCUUCUCGUCUAUUCACCGAAACCAUCUCCAAUCGGCGUCGUGCGGAUGAAAGGCGUUGCUAUUCCGAUUGAGUGCCGUUAUACACGGAGAUUCCGUGUGGAAAGUAGUAUCCUUAAACCAACGUGGAUGCCCAUCGCCUCAGCUCCGCCUGGGGAUUUGCUGGAUUUCUCCCUGAAACUCAUGUCUAGUGACUGGCGAACUGACCGAGCUUCUCCUUUCUACUUCCUGGGGGAUUUCCUAUACAUCCAAGCCUCUGUCCGAUCAGACAGUCGCCUUCCCCUCACCCUGUUUGUAGACAGCUGCGUUGCUACUCUACACCCAUAUCAGAGUUCUCGCCCGAGAUACUCAUUUCUCGAGAACAAUGGGUGCCUGAUUGACACUAUGCUGACUGGGUCCAGCUCCAUGAUUCUGCCCAGAGUCCAGCAGACCACGCUGCAGCUUUUGCUGGAGACCUUUGUGUUUCCUCGGCAACCGGCAAAUACGAUGUACAUCACAUGUCACGUGGUGGCCACAGUCAGUGGGGAGACUAUGGAUGCCAAACGACGGGCUUGUUCCUUUGUGGAUGGAAGUUGGAGAUCUGCAGAUGGGAAUGACUGGGUAUGCAGUGGCUGUGACUCGUACCACAGGUCUGGCCGGCCCAUUUGGUCCACUGGCCCUGGCAGCCGCCAGUGGCCGGCUAGCAUCUCCCGCAAUGGCGUGGGCACUCCGAGAGGAUGGGAAAUGGAGAUAAGCGUGGGGCCUGCGAUCAUCCUUCCAAACAACGGUGUUGACAACCCCUUGUUCCCAGGCAUGCUGGUUCCAGCACAGCCAUCUGGAGCUUACUGGAGACCUGUAAAGGAUUCCAUAAGAGGUUUAUUUGACUGGCAGAAGGAUGGUAGUUCACACUCUAUCCUGGACCUUGCAGAAGAUGGUGGUCUGCCAAACAAAAUGGCUGAAGAGAAGGAAACCGCAGUUGGCCCAAUAACACAACAUGAACGAAAUGGCACCUCCAUAGUCCUUCAGCCUCAAGCAGCUGUUGGAUUAACCAGCUCUUUGGUUCUGUUGGGUGAACUUUCUUCUAAGCCUGAAGUUCUUAGAAGGAAAGACUUCAUCCAUCCUGUCCCACCAUUUCAUCAGGAUGGCACCCUGGCACAGAGGCCUGCAUCACAACCAUGAAGCUGUCCAGGAAGCUCCAUGGCCACUGGCUUAGUCAUCUUGUGGAAGCCGCCCCACCCCCCCUCCACUCAGCGGUCCUCCCAGCAUGGUCCCAGUUAUGCCACCCAGCAUUCCCUGUGCUAGGAAGUGAAAGUCUGCCCUGCGGUCACCACCUACUCUGGAUGAGCAGAGAAAUGGAUUAUAUAUUUUUAUUCUGUCUUUUCUUCUGGAGUAAAGAAUUGAGUAUUUAA